AGCCACCUGGGAAACCCCUGAGGGCAGAGAGGGCUGUCAAAUGUUUUUAAAGCCAAGAGUGACAGAAUUUGUGCUUCAUUGUGUAUACCAGAGAGGACGUCUUCCACGCGGGCACGGGAAGUGUGUGCAAAACCUGCUUCGCCAGCAGUUGUAUAGUCAGUCCAAAGAGUGAACUAGAGUUUCAUGUAUGCACUUGGAUAAAACCUCAGAAAUGUAAAGCUGGGCUUUUAAAAGAAGCAAGUUUACAAGGAUAUACUCUCAGCGCUCCCUGAAUUCUGCAUCCCUGAUGCGGGGACACUGUGCCAUUUCAGAGGAGGGACUUGAGCCCCCACAGACGUUGAUGUUGAUGGGAGUCCUGGAACCAGGCCCCUGUGGUUACAAGGACAGGACCGCUUGUGUAAAGCUUGGAAACAUUUGUGUGUUCUGGGUUGUUACUUAGGAGCACACAUCUAUGUGGUGAAAAUAAAAAGCAUGCGUGGAAACUCUGAACCUUUAGCAGGUGCCUGAAUCACCUUUGUGAGCACAAAUGUCUGGACUCCACCUCAGAGUUCCUGAUUCAGGAAGUCCAGGGCGAGGACUCAACAACUUGCGUUUCUCAGAAGUUCUAGAUGCUCCUGCUGCUGCUGCAGGUGCAGGGAACACAGUUUAAGAACCGCUGACCCACCCACUUGAGGAUGGGGGUUACUUCUUGGGAGGGAGCAGAACAGGACUGCAACGGGUGCAUGGCUUCAACCCUGUUGGCAUUAUUUCUUUACAAAGGGGGAUGCAGUGUUACCUGACAGAGCUGGAUAGCUGCUCGUGGUCUACGUUGUCACUUUUUCUGUGCUUGCAGCAUUUCAGGAAAGAAAAAAGAUCCUGUUUGCUGUGGGGAAUGGAUUGGAAAAGAGAAAGCAGUGGUAGAGGCUGUGGGAGAGUGUCGCAGAAGCGCAGGUAGGAGAUGCUUAGGCUGGGGUCGGGGAGCAAGGGAAGCGGAGAGUGAGCAGAUUUGGGAGCUUUCAGGGGGAGAAGCGACUGUCCAUGGUGACUGGUCGGUCGUGCUUAGGGGAUGGAGACAUCAAGUUCCCCGGUUGCGUCCCCCUCACAGUGGGGACCCCUGCGUGGCAGGCAUGCUGGCGACAGGAGAGGGAAUUCAGGUGUGGACGUCCCAGACCUUGAGGGGUCCCCGGCUAAGUGAUGCUUUAGGAGAAAGAGCCAGGUCACAGCAGAGACUGGAAACCAUUGGCGUGUACGCGGCCACCUGAGCCGUGUGUGUGUGUGGAUGAGACCACGUGGAAGGCGUGGAAUGGAAGAGGAGCCCGUGACAUCACCCGAGGGAUGCCAUCCCCCGAGGCGGGCCGGCCAGCCGCUCCUCCCGCCACCCAUUCUCGGGUGGCCCGUGAGCUAAGGAUCCCUUUCACAUUUUUAAAUACUGGGGGAAAGAAACAAAGGAACAGUCUUUCGUGAUGUGAGGCUCGAAUCCCAGUGUCUGUGAGCAGAGUUUUGCUUUAGCAGAGCCGUGCUCGCCCCACUGGUGCAGGAGGGCCUGGCUGCUUCUGGCGGCCGGAUGGAGGGACCGUGACCGUCCCCCGGUCGCUUUGCACGGCCGCUGCACGCCCCACACGUCUCAGUGCUGUGGCCCCUCGAUUACUGCUCUGGCCCCUAAAGCUGAACUUUUACUGUCUGGCCCUUUAUGGGAAGAAGUUCUUCUGACCUCAGGUCUAAGUCGAGACACUCUUGGUCACUUUAAAUGCCACAGAGGAGAGACGGCAGGAGUUUUGCCUGUUUCUUGCAGGUCAGCUUCUAAGAAUCAGGCACUGGGGGAAGACACUCUGGAGACUGUGAGGCCGGAGUGGUGAACGUUGUUGCUGCGUCCACCAGAGUCCUGGGAGAUGCCUGGAGGGAGGGCGCCGGAGAGAAAGAUGCGGGCCUGGGAUCUGGAGGACGGCGAGCAGACAGCACCCAGGCCGUCACUGGGUGCUGCUGGCAGGACUUGGGCCAUGGAGGAAGAGUGGUUUGAAACCAGCACGUGGGGCCAGCUGGAGCCUUGACCAAUCCAGGAGUCUGGCCAGAAACCUGAGCGAGAAGGAAGGCCCUCCCGGCAGGUGGCCGUGGGGGAGACGAGACACGGCCGGACAGGCCCAAGACUGCCUUCUGCUCGACCCUGCAGUCGAAAGCCGGGGCUCCGGGAGGAGCCGGCAUCGGGCACGCGGCCCGCGGCUGCUCACGGCGGCCCCGGGCCCCUCCGUCCUUCCUGAGUCUGCCCGGGCUGUGACUGCGCCUCAUGUCUCCAUCUGAGGGGCUGGCGGAGCGCAGUGCCAUGGAGACGAGGCCCCCGGAGGGCAGGAAGGGGCCUGCGCCCAGGGAGCUGCCCCCGGCCGUGGGGCUGCUGCUGUCCAUGGCGCUCAUGAACGUCCUCCUCUACCUCUGCCUCGACCGGCUCGUCACCGCGCCCCGCAGCCCCACGGCGCACCCCGGCCGCUGCCCGCCCGGCCACUUCAGCAUGGGGCAGGCGGCCACCUGCUCCCCGUGGCUGUCCUGCGAGCAGCUGAGGGCGGAAGUGAGGCCUCUGAAGCGCGUCGGGGAGGGAGCCGUGAAGACGGUGUUUCUGUCCGAGUGGAAGGAACGCAAGGUGGCCUUGUCGCGGCUCACCAGGCCGGAGGUGAGAGAUGACUUCCUGCACGGGCUGCGGAUGCUGCAGGCGCUGCAGAGCGAGCACGUGGUCACGCUGGUGGGCUACUGUGAGGAUGACGACACCAUCCUCACCGAGUACCACCCGUUGGGCUCCCUGGGCAACCUGGAGGCGACGUUGAACCUCGCCAAGUACCGCAGCCUGAAUACGUGGCAGCACAGGCUGCAGCUGGCCCUGGGCUACGUGGCUAUCCUCGACUUCCUGCACCGCAGCCCCCUGGGCACGCUGGUCAUGUGCGACUCCAGCGACCUGCCCAAGACCCUGUCCCAGUACCUGCUGACCGCCAAUUUCAGCAUUGUGCUCAACGACCUGGACGCCCUGCCCCUGGUGAACCGCAGCUCCGGGGCCCUGGUAAAGUGUGGCCACCGGGAGCUCCGUGGGGACUUCGUGGCCCCAGAGCAGCUGUGGCCCUUCGGAGAGGACGUGCCCUUCCAGGACGACCUCAUGCCCGCGUAUGACGAGAAGAGUGACAUCUGGAAGAUUCCCGACGUCUCCAGUUUCCUUCUGGGGCACGUGGAAGGGAGCGACAUGGUCCGAUUCCACUUGUUUGACAUUCACAAGGCAUGUAAGAGCCAGGUGCCUGCAGAGAGACCCACCGCUCAGGCAGUCCUGGACACUUACCAGAAGGUUCUGAAUCUCCUCAGAGAUACCGCGACAUCUCAGACAAGAGAGAUGCUGUGAAAGCCAGUGUGGCCGCUGACGGAUGGGAGUCAGGGAACAGCUGGAGGAGUUGCACUGGUUUUGUGCUGAUGGAAGGUGUUAGCGGUUCUGCCCCAGAUUAUUCUUCUCCUGACCGCCUGGUGGGAGUUGCUAAGCAGGAGCACACGGCCUUGCCGUGAGCCUGACUGCAAGCAAAGGCGGAGAGAAGCAGUGAGUCUGAUGAGUAUCUGAAGGAAGUAACAAGCAUGGAGCCACACAGAGGCGUCCUAACAGCCUAACCUGUAGGCUCAUGAGAAACGUGCUGGAGAGGCUUCUAAGUGGCAGUGUGGGGAAGAUACUCAGGUGAGUAUCUGCAGUGUGCUUCACGGUACCGGGGAGACGCCACUGUGUUUCAAGUGACUGCUCAGGGACACACCUGUGUCAUCCACAUCCCAGCGAGCUAGCACGCAUGCUCUCUGAAACCUUGAGUGGAUAAGGAACGUUGAAAAUAUCAUGUAUGACGGAAAUCCCAUUUGUGUUACUACUGCCUUGGAUGGUGCUUGUGAAAUUCCCCUUUACCUUCCAGCUGGAUAUUUAUUCUGUGCUCAGCGUUAAUUAUCGUGAACAUUUUACGCCAACAGUGUCUGUCACUCACUCAUUACUAGAAGGCGUUGAAGACCUUCCACUUGAGUCGCAUGAUUGAAUCCUUCAGAGAGCUUUUCUUGGUCCUUGUCAUCCUUGUUUGCAGGGGAGGAAGGAUUUGGUGCAUAUUCAUCAUUACCAAUAAGGGGGUUAAAGCUGGCAUUGAGGGCAGAAAGGCUGUGCACAGGCCUGGUGGUCCUUGGAAUUACAGUGAGCUGGCCCCGCCCUGCAGUCUCGGACUCAGUGUCUGGGUGGGAUCCGCAUUUCUCACUGCUUCCCUCCAGUCAGUGCUGCCGGUGUGGGAACCACAUUUUGAGAACCAGUGUCCUUACCUAUCCAGGCAGUAGACAGGGAGUGUGGUCAGUAUUAUCCUUGUUCUGCCUCCCAUGGUGAUUGGGUCCUAUGGUUGGUCAGAGAAUAUGCUUGCCCAGAGUAUAUUAACUGCUGUUGUCUGUUAUAAACAUGCUGCCAGAACCCACUAGGAUGGCUGUAAUCAAAAGGAUGGAUAGUAACAAAUGUCGGCAAGGAUGUAGAGAAUUGGAGCCAUCAUACGUUGCUGGUAGGAACGUAAAAUGGCCCAGCUGCUUUGGGAAACGGUCUGACUGUCCUCAAAAGGUUAAGAGUUACCUUGACCCAGCAGUUCCAGUUCCCAGUAUUUACCAAUGAGAAUUGAAAACAUGUCCAUAAAAGAACCUGGACACAAAUAUUCAUAGCAGCAUUAUUCAUAAUAGACAAAGGGUGAAGAUGUCCAUUUGCUGGUGAACAGAUAAUAGAAAAUGUGGUCCCUCCGUACAAAGGGGUAACAUUCAGCCGUGAAAGGAGUGCACCGCUUAGUCGUGCUCCAGCAUGGAUGAAGGUACUAAGUGAAAGAAGCCGUCACGAAAGACCACGUGCCGUAUGAUUCCAUUUGUAGGAAAUGUCCAGAAUUGACAAACCCACAGAAACGGAAAAUAACCCAGUGGUUCCAGAGGGGCUGGCAGGGGCAUGGAGUUGAAGAAUUGGGGGGAAGUUGGGGCUUGCUAAUAGGUACAGGGUUUCUUCGGGGGAGACGGAAGUUUCCAGAAAUGGUGACAGUUGCACAGCUCUGAAUACACUAAAUAACACUGAGCUGUAUAAAGGGGGCAAGUUUACGGUUUGUGAAUGAUAUCUCAAUAAAGCUGGGGAGAAAACCCCACCUCUGCACAGG